UCAGCACCUUUGUUUACUUGGCCGUCGCCGCAACCGCAGCUAGCGCGUGAACCGGACCCGCUGCCUCAUCCACGAACAGGGAGCGCGCUUCAGCCCGCAGGGCGUGAAGUUUCAUCCCCGGCUCAUCGUUUAAAUCAGCUGGCUUUGAGGGAAGAUGUCUGAGAACGGAUCCGGACCCGAGAAGGACUGCGUGGACGCGAAGCAGGACGGAGGACAGCUAUCCACGGCCUCUCUGCCUGAUUCUGUCCCCAUGGACGUGGAUGCCAAGUCCCAGUCCCGCAGCUUCAGGUACAGCCUGGACUUCCCCAGCAUGGGCCAGUGCAUCAUCAUCAACAACAAGAACUUCGACAGGAGGACAGGCAUGAAUCAGCGAAAUGGUACAGAUGUGGAUGCAGCCAACGCCAUGAAGGUGUUUGCAAAGUUUGGUUAUAAAGUGAAAGUUUACAACGACCAGACGGUUGAUCAGCUGAAGCAGGUUUUAAUUGCUGCGUCGAAGGAUGAUCACAGCCGCUCGGCCUCGUUCAUCUGCGUUCUGCUGAGUCACGGAGACGAGGGCGUGUUCUUUGGUACGGACGGCUCCAUCGAGCUCAAGCGCCUCACAAUGCUAUUUCGAGGCGAUCGCUGCAAGUCGCUGGCGGGAAAGCCCAAACUCUUCUUCAUCCAGGCCUGCAGAGGCACUGAUCUGGAUCCUGGCAUUGAAACGGACAGCAUUGAUGACGGCCCAACCAAGAUCCCUGUGGAGGCGGACUUCCUGUAUGCCUUCUCUACCGCUCCAGGCUACUACUCAUGGAGAAACACGAUGACGGGGUCCUGGUUCAUGCAAUCUCUGUGCGAAAUGAUCAGCAAAUACGGGAAAGAGCUGGAACUCCUGCACAUCAUGACUCGAGUCAACCACAAGGUGGCAGUAGAGUUUGAGUCUGUGUCCAACUCACCAGGCUUUAAUGCAAAGAAACAAAUCCCCUGCAUUGUGUCAAUGCUGACCAAAGAGAUGUAUUUUUCUCCUUAACGUCAUCGUCCUCAUCAGAGGAGAUGCACUUGGGAAAAUCUUCUCUGAAUAGGAAGGCAAGUUUUUUUUAGUUUACAGUUAACAGGGAAUCUCUUGAAGUCUUUGUUGGGAGAUCAUAUUACAGUCACAUUUCCUAGGACUGGCAUUUUAAGGUUCUUUCUGUGUUUUUCUAGAACAUAUACCUUUUUUGUUUGAUUUUAUAUACAUUUAACCUUUUUUUAAUUAAAGGUUAUUUUCAAUCUUCAGAUAAUAUUUCAGUAAUGGACAUUAUACUUCCAAGCUCACAGGUGUUACCAGUAGAUGCCUCUUCACUGUUUACACAAUCCACAUUUCAGGGAAAAACUCUUGGAGCCAGUUUGAUCUGAACACACUUUGUUUUAUAAUCAUGAAACCAUAGACGGGCUCACUGCCCCUCCAGCAACACCGUGGUCUGUUUUUUUUUAUACACCAGUGGUUUAUUGAACCUUUUAGGUUCUGAUCAAGAUGACGAUGUGUUGUUAAGGGAGCUUUUUUUUUUUUUCCUUGGCUGAAAUGUGACCAGCCAUUUGCUGAAUCGGAUAAGUUGUACAGAUCUGAAAUGAAAGUGUCAUUUAAACUCGGUUGAGGAAAAUGUCAUGUAGCACAUUCUAACGGAUCAUGUCAUGCUGUUUUUUUUUUUUUUUUUUGGCUAAUGACAUUCAGGGUUUGUUAUUUUUUUAUAGUCCUUUUUUUUUUUGUAAACAUGGCCGCCUUCGAGAGAAGUGCCGCUUGUAUCACAGGCUUCAUAACUAUGCAUGAGUGAAGUCUGAGUUAUUCGUAGGAACUUUUAGUGGUUGAUAAAUGGCUGGAUGAACUUGCUCUGUAAGAAUCUGAGGUAUCGAGACCUUAAUGUCGUUCAAAAGUGGAACUCCGUUACACCAGCUUUUUGUAAAGCGUGAACUUUUAGUAUAUGGGUGCUUUUAAGUGUUUUGUUCCUAAUCAGGAGCUGAAAAUCUUAUCUCUGGCUUCAUUAAAGAUGAUGUGCCUUUUCCUUGGGAAAAAUGAAAUCGGAACAGAUUCAGAUGAGUAGUGAGGUGGAGAAAAAAACAAGUUUAGAUAAUGUUCUUUAAACACUCCUCUAAAGGCAAAAUGGGCUUUAAUUCCCCCGAGCAACAAAUCAGAUUUAAACCCAUUAUUGGAGGGUUUUUCUUGCACUUGAAUAAUGUAAAUUUGUCAUCUAGACCUAAUUCAUGACGAUGUCUGAGCCUCAGCCAAGUCAGAAGUCAAACAAUAUGUAUGGUUACAAGAAAAAUAAAGCACAAUUUGUGUUUUUUUACAGUAAAAGCUGUAAUUGCCACUUGUGCUGUUCAGAAUCAUCCUUCAUUGUUGACUUGGCUGACAAUCUUGUUUUUAAGCCAUAUUAUUGAGCAUUUUGUGAUAUAUAGGCUUUUUUGUGACGUCAUUGUUUUGUAAGCAGCUACACUGAGAUUGAUGUGAAGCUUUUUUUUUUCCUCUCUGACAAAUAAAGACCACUUUUCUUUU